AUGGAAACAAUUAAAAACGCUGCCAAUGCUGUCGGAGACAAAAUUAAUGAAGUCAUAAGCGGCUCAUCAGCUGAAGCUAACAAGGAAAAAGCAAAAGAUUCAAGCAAUACUGUUGGUGAACGUGUUGGUGCCGGCGUUGACUAUGUUAAAGACAAAGCUGACGAAGCUGGUCAUGCUGCUUCAAAAGAAGUCAACAAACAAAAAGCAACACAUUAA